UUGGUAGAACUGGUCCUCAAUGUUUCCGUUCCACAUUUCAGGGUCGCGCUUAUCAGUUUACCCCGCGUUUUCAAGGAAGUGCUCAUCAGAAUUGUUCUAAAUUAAUUUUAAAGGAUCAGAAUGUUGUGUUCAAGGCAUAUUAAGUAACAAAUACACAGCAACUGAAGAGGUGUCGGACCGCCUUGGAGGUACAAACCCAGACCCCCAUCGGUCAGAAUCAGCUCGGGGCAUCUGCAUGGUCCCAGAUUUAUAUGUGAUCGAAGAAAGUGGUGAACAAUAUGGCGAAAAGCUUACGAAGUAAGUGGAAACGGAAAAUGAGAGCUAUAAAGAGGGAACGAUACGGAAAGAAGGAAUUGGCUCUGUUGAAGAAGGUUUUGGGAAUUGAUGAAAAUGGAGAUACUGAAAUGAAAGAUAUUGAUAAUAUAGCAACAGUUAUUGAUGCAAAAUCCAUUCAGGAAAAGAGAAAAGAUGUUCCUGAAGAAAAAAGUAUUGAAGAAGCAGGGAAAGUGUUGAUGGAAAUUGAUCAAGUAAAACCAAAAUACAACAAGAAGACACUGAGGGAUGAAUGUGGGAACUAUCCGGAGUGGUUGAGCCGAAGAGAAGUGAAGAAGAGAGCCAUAGUGAACAGAAAAAGGAAAGAUAAGCUCAAGAGGAAACACAUUAAAGAUAAACAGAAGAAAAAGAAUUAGAUGGGUAUUUUUUAAUAAUUGAAUAUUUCAGCUAUUCAUGUAACCGGCCCAAAUUUUUGUACUGAAGUAGUAGGAGAUACUACGUCAACACUCUUACUUUAUAAAAUAAUUUUAAAACCAAUAAUUAAUAAUUUAGUUCUUAAAAAUUAUGAGAUUCCAGAAAGUACCAUUUCUUGAACUAAAGAUUUAACUUUGCACAUACACGUUUCGAGGCCCACUCAGAAUCGUUAUAUGAAAAGUUGGUGAACGGAAAUGUGACGCUGCGUAAAGAGGAAAAUAAAAACCACAUAAAUGUAAUUGUUUAUUCGACUCAAAUCAGAUUACAUACUGUUUUGUUACUUUAUUUUAUCUCCAGUAUCUUGAACUUUUCAUAGAUCGCAGUCUGCAGGUACAUUUUUCAUCCUGUAGCGGUAUGUGACCUGCUCGGCCGUACGUCAGUAUAAUCUCAUAAACCACGAGCAUGAAAUACAUUUGAUGCUUUAACACAUUUCAGAAAUUAUUUAGUUUUUGUAUAUACAGAACUUACAGUGGAGAUUAAUAAGACAUUACCUAUGAUAAAUUUUCUUCGGAGGUGGAAAAUUGGAGUAAAUGUUGGGUUAACCGCGUUCACAAGAAGUUUCUAUUGAUGAAUAAUUGUCAAAAGUUACUCUUUUAAAGUUAGAAUAUGAAUAUUUUUCCUAACAUGCUCAGUUUUAUAAAUUUUCUGUAAAAUGUUGGCAUAUAAUCUGAAUAAAUAGUUGAAUAUGCACGUCAAGGAUGUAUCCAGAUAUGGAGGGCGCCCGUUACAGAUGGCUGACGAUGGAUCGCACAUCGUACGGGUUUUCUCAGCCACCCGCCAUUGAUGCCGAUGCAACGAGUAAGCACCGGUAUAACGUCUGUCCUAUACGAUUCAAGCGAAAGCAGAUGUUAAACAGAAAUGGUGGUUGCGCGGUCAAGGCCAUCUUUAAUUCUAGAAAAACCGCCUCGCCAGCUCCCAGUCUGCGGACGGUUGUUCGUGACGGUUGACAGUCAUGAGAGUUGGUACUUAACGGUUGUGAAAUUGUUAUACAUCGAGUCAGUUGCCAUUAUGAUUUUUUGAGUAAAUGCUUUGCUUUUGUGUCAAUAUUAUUUUACCAUUUUCCAAACUUUUCCUUGUUGCAGCCUCACAAUAAAUAAAACAUGUAGGAUUAUAGGAAAAUGGGGAAUGUUACGUGUUGUUCUAUGUUUAAUUUCCUUGUUGGGUGUUUACGCAUGCGUGAGAUUUAAACUCUGCUGUGAUGAUGGAUAACUACGUUUUUCAAUAAAAAAAACAGAUUCUUACGCGAAA